AUGAAGCUCCAUACUGCGAAACAAGUGGAGAAUCUCAAUUGUGCCAAUGCUAGCCAUGGCCCAUUAUCCUUGACGUCGAAACUAGCUGGGUUGCUGCAUCGGGCUAAAUAUCACCUCUCUGACUCCCGAGUCUUCGCCAUCAGAGUCGAAGUAUCUGAGGGACCUGAUUCUAGUGUCGAAUACACCACUGCCACUCUCCGUGAAAGGUCAUCCUAA